AUGACUGACAGCAAGGUCCCUCAGCCAGGACCGGCGAAACUGAAGCGCAAUGCAGGCCCAGACGAAUGGCUGGAGGCCGCCAAGGACUGCAAGUACCUGUCCGAGGCACACAUGAAGCAGCUGUGUGAGAUAGUCAAGGAGUAUAUGAUGGAAGAAUCGAAUAUUCAGCCCGUUUCUACCCCCGUUACGAUCUGCGGUGAUAUCCACGGCCAGUUCUACGAUCUUCUGGAGCUCUUCCGCGUUUCGGGCGGGAUGCCCGAUGGCACAGAUCCUGAAGCCCCUCAGUCUUCUUCUACCGUUAUUACCUCUGCCGAUAUUGAACCUCCGUCUGAGAUUACGGAUCCCAAACUCCGCAAAAAGCUACGAGGACCAAGCGCGAAUUUGAAAGGGGACGAUGAUGAGGAAUCCGAAGCGAACGAUACCACACGAAGCCGAUCCACGAGCCAAACGUCCAAUGAUGUUCAGUUGAAUCGGAAUUUCGUGUUCCUGGGUGAUUACGUGGAUCGUGGAUAUUUCAGUUUGGAGACACUAACUCUGUUAUUGUGUCUCAAGGCUAAAUAUCCCGAUCGAGUGACAUUAGUGCGUGGAAACCACGAGUCCCGCCAGAUCACACAGGUAUACGGCUUUUACGAAGAAUGUUUCCAGAAAUACGGCAGUGCUUCAGUAUGGAAAGCCUGUUGCCAGGUUUUUGACUUUAUGACGCUGGGCGCGAUUAUCGAUGGCAAGGUUCUGUGUGUGCAUGGUGGAUUGAGUCCAGAGAUCCGCACUCUAGACCAAGUACGGGUCGUCGCUCGUGCACAGGAGAUUCCGCACGAGGGCGCUUUCUGUGAUCUGGUCUGGUCGGAUCCUGAUGACGUGGAGACCUGGGCAGUCAGUCCUCGAGGAGCAGGAUGGCUCUUCGGCGACCGUGUAGCGGACGAAUUCUGUCACGUCAACGACCUCUCCCUGAUUGCUCGCGCACAUCAACUGGUAAACGAGGGGUAUAAAUAUCAUUUCGCGAAUCAGAACGUGGUGACCGUAUGGAGUGCUCCGAAUUACUGCUACCGCUGUGGUAAUCUCGCGUCCGUGUGUGAAAUUGGCGACGACCUCAAGCCUUCGUUCAAGCUGUUUAGCGCAGUGAGCGAUGACCAACGGCAUAUGCCCAACACGCGGCCAGGCCGCAGCGAGUACUUCCUGUAA